AUGACGAUAUCCAAUGAUUUAGAUUAUUGUUUAACGCAGUUAUUGGACUUCAAACCGGCCAAGCUACUACCUGAAGAAACAAUCCAAUCUAUUUGUCAUGACUUGAAAGUUCAAUUAUUAGAAACUCCCAAUAUAAUGACAAUAUCUAGUCCUAUAACAUUAGUAGGUGAUAUUCAUGGUCAAUUUCAUGAUUUACUUGAAAUCUUUAAAAUUGGAGGUCUGCCUCCUCAUACGAACUAUCUUUUCUUGGGGGAUUAUGUGGAUAGAGGUUAUUAUUCUAUUGAAACUAUCUGUUUAUUAAUAUUAUUGAAAUUAAGGUAUCCCAAUCGAAUUUUUUUAAUCAGAGGGAAUCAUGAAUCCAGAACAAUCACCACCAAUUACGGAUUUUACUCUGAAGUAUUAAACAAAUAUAAUGGUAGUUCAAGAGUAUGGCAAUAUAUUACGGAUUUGUUUGAUUAUCUCCCGUUAGGAGCUGUUAUAGACAAUAAGAUUUUUGCAACUCAUGGAGGAUUAUCACCCAGUUGUCAAAUAUUAGAUCAAAUACGAACAGUUGAUAGAUUUAGAGAAAUCCCUCAUGAUGGAAUAAUGGCAGAUUUAGUGUGGUCAGAUCCUGAUCUUGAGAUUCGUGAUUUUAAGUUAAGUCCAAGAGGGGCAGGUUAUCUUUUUGGCGCUGAAGUUAUGAAUAAAUUCUGCCAUGAGAACGAUGUUGUACAAUUGAUAAGAGCCCAUCAAUUGUGUAACGAAGGUUAUGUCAAUUAUUGGGAAGGCAAAUGUUUAACCGUUUGGUCUGCUCCUAAUUAUUGUUAUAGAUGUGGUAAUAAAGCUAGUGUUUUGGAAAUCCUUCACACUAAUUAUGGUAAGAACAGUUUUCAAAAAGAUCUGGUCGAUGGUCAAAUCUUUAAUGUUUUCGAAGCAUCUCCUGAAAAUGAUGACGAUACGAUAAAUGGUAAAUCGGUUAAUGGUAAUGAUAAUGUUGAUAGUUUUUAUAAAUCAAAAUCAGUGGAUUAUUUUUUAUAG